GACCACUUUCCUCAUUUUCAACUCCAUUCGAUCAACCAGCCUUUACCUUUGGAAGAACUCAAUAUGGCGUCGUGUCUGAUUCUAGCAUUUGCGCUAUUCAUCGUGGGUGAUUCAGUUGCCGAUCGCAUUUCAGGCGAUUACCAUGUUGACUGGGAUGCUGAAUGGCAGAACCACAUACAACAAUACGCCGACUACUCCUAUCCUUUCGAGCAACCUGGUGUAAUCUUUCCUGGCUUGACUGUUCAGGAUGCCAUCAGCACCGUCGGGAAGACUUGGCACGCGACGGAAAUGAAGGAGGUUCUCGGGAUCUUCUGCCGAGACAUUGCACCCAGUCUGGUUGUACCUGUGGGACAACAAUUCAUCAGCAGUAUAUGCGAUCCAAUCUUUGACUCUCUGAACACCAACACCCGUAUAGAUGGGUUUGCCAUCUGCGACGCUGUGUACUCUACCCUCGGUGACCCGAUGUCCGCACGCCGUAGACGGAGAAUGACGCCCGGCAAGUCCCUGAUGGGCAUAGGCGUCGUGAGGAACUUCAAUUUCGAGAAAGUGGGCCAUGACAUCAAUCGCCGCAUCUUCAACCUCCACAGUUACGACAAGGAAUCCAUCUGUACCGCUUUCGAUGAGUUCGUCAACUCUGAUUUCUCCACUCAACGGUUAAUCCAAGCCACCGGCGAGAUCUUCCUGGAAGAAGCCAUUGCUCAGGGUUCACAAAUCUGUCAACACUGGGACGCUAUCUACGAUGUUCUCCGCCGGACUGAUGAACAACCAGGUGAGGGCGUGCCUGACUUCUUCCAAACACUCAUGGUUGAUGUGUCGCAACUUAUAGCCGAGUUUAGCGGCUUUGACAAUCGCGAAUCCCUCUGCGACGCACUUGUUGAAGCUACAGACCCUCUACAGACCCAUCAGGGGUACCUCCGUGAUUCAAGGGUUUGGUCACUCGCUGUCGAUAUCAUACACAACAUGGUACAUACGCUCAUCAUCAACGACCAAUGUACUGACUUCGGCAAUGAUGUUGCCAAUGUCAUCGUUAAUCUCAGCCCAUACAUCGACUUCGACAUCAUCCAAUUCUACGUCCAAAUGGUUUUCGAUCUCCAGUCAAUCGGAGAGGCAUGUAGCUUCGUCGAUGAUGCCUUCGCAUUCCAAGGUUGUGCUGCUGACACUUGUGCCAAUGGUGGAUUGUGCGAAUAUUUCCAGGGCAUCUUUAGCGAGUCCUUCCGUUGCACCUGUGCAGCUGGAUAUGUUGGAACAGACUGUGGAGUAGAGAUUCAUGAGUAAACCAUACUUGCACAUGUAGACUGAGGAGAUCAAAGGUACACCGUAAUGGUACUGUGGCAGAUCUCCAGUGCUUGUCUACGUGGAGGAUCAACUGAUCUCCUGUAAUCUACGAAUAAAUACAUAUCCAAUGAUUCUUAAAAUGAUGAUGACAAUUUCUACUACAAGGUAGCACAAGUAGUUUUAUGAAUUAUUUAUUUCAUGAAUUUUUCGAUUUAUUUAUUAUUUAUUUAUUAAGAUAUUUAUUAAGCGUCUAUUUAUCUAUGUAUUUGUCUACAUGUAGGCCUUUUAUUCAUGUACUUAUUUAUUUAUUUGUAUUCAUCAAUUUAUUAUUUAAAGGUUAUAAUUACCUAUAAAUUGCCAACGGUUGCGCUUUUAUAAACAGUUGAAAAGACUUUUUUCCGAUCAGGUAUUGUUUAGAUUGUAAAGCAAUAUCGGACUAUUCUGAUGAAAAAAAUGGUAAAUUAUUCAAACUACAUUCGUUAACAUUCUCACUAAAAUGGUGUUAGAUGUGAGUGUCUUUCCACUUAAAUUUAAGAUACAACAACAUUAGGUUUAACUCCCGAUUCCUGGGACAUGUUCUUUCAUGACUCCCCCCCCCCCUUCAUUCCCACCCACUCACACACACACAAAUGCGCACAUACACAAACACACACAAGUAAAUCAAUUGUUGACGUUUUUUCUUAUAGCCUUAGAAUACAUCUUACUAGCAAUAUGACGGGCUUAAUGAGCAAUGAUAGUUAUGAUUGAGCUUAAUUUGAAUAAAAUCUACUAUGGAAAUUUAA